AGGUUUUAUUCUUGCGCGGAAAUUCCGCGCGUUGAAAUGAAUCGCGUGAUCUCGUGGUGGUGUUGUCGUCAUGCCUCUCCGCGUGAACGAGAAGGAGCUGGCAAACGUUUGCCGAUCGAAAACUCCUGGUGAGAUCGAAGGAAGGCUUCUGUUCGGACCGCCAGAAGAUUACUCCGAGAAGAAAGUUCAAGGCUUUAAGGAACGAUGGUUCAAGCUCUCUGGAAACCUGAUGUUCUCGUUCAAACUGAACGAGCACGGCGGUGUCAACAAAAACGCGGAG